UUCCAAAAGAGCAACCCAAGGUCAAGAUUGCUAACAUGAUGCGUGUUUUUGGCGAGGAAGCCAUAUCUAAUCCCACGCUAGUCGAGGCUAAAGUGCGUGAGCAAAUUGCAGCACGAAAGCAAAAGCAUAUUGAUUUGGUUGCAUCGAGUAGGCUUACAGAUGAGCAACGUAAAGAAAAAUUAAGAAAUAAGCUGCAAGAAGAUACAAGCUUGUUGGUACACGUUGCUGUGUUUAGAAUUGAUGACCUAUCGCAUCCACAAAACACAUUCAAAGUGACUCAAAAUGCACAGCAGUACAACCUCACUGGUGCAGCUAUUGUGCAACCAAAAAUGAAUGUUGUCAUUGUCGAGGGUGGUCCCAAAGGAAUCAAGGCAUACAAAAAACUGAUGCUGCGUCGUAUCGAUUGGUCAAAAACCAAAGACGAUCAGGACCAACAUGACGGAGACCAAAAUGAAGUCGAUACAGAGGCAAUUCCUAAGAAAUGCUUUCUUGUAUGGGAAGGCGAGGUGAAAGAACGAUCGUUUAGGACGUUUAGAUUCAAGGCCUUGCCAACGGAUAGUAUGGCUCGUGAAUAUUUGCAAAAGAUGCGUGUGGUGCAGUACUGGGAUGCUGCGUGUAAUUUUGUUGAAGGAGGCAUCUAAAAUGAAUCAGUGGUUAUAUCCUG